UCUGGCCGGGCGCGGGUCCUGGUGCACCACGGGCGCGCCGCACCGGCCGGCAUGGAAGAAGACGGUGAUUCCGAGCCGGUCCCCGGUUGCAGCGGGCUGGGGCCGGGCGGCGUUCGAGGUGGCAGCAGCGCUCACUCGUGGGCCCCCGAGGACGCCUGGAUGGGUUCCCACCCUAAGUAUUUAGAAAUGAUGGAAUUAGCUAUAGGAGAUGCCAGCCAAGUUUAUGUAGCAUUUUUGGUUUACCUGGACCUCAUGGAGAGUAAAAGUUGGCAUGAAGUGAACUGUGUGGGAUUACCAGAACUCCAGCUCAUCUGCCUUGUGGGCACUGAGAUAGAAGGGGAAGGGUUACGGACUGUGGUGCCAACCUCUAUUACUGCUUCCUUCAGCCAUAACAGGAUAAGGGAGAUCUUGAAGGCAUCACAAAAAUUGCAAGGUGAUCCUGAUUUGCCGAUGUCUUUUAUUUUGGCCAUAGUGGAAUCUGAUUCUACAAUAGUCUAUCAUAAACUUACGGAUGGAUUUAUGCUGCCAGACCCUCAGAAUAUUUCCCUUAGAAGAUGACCUCUAUACUUCCUGAUGCAUAUUUUAUUCAUACAAGAUUGGAUUUGAGACUGAUUGCCUGCUUCAUCUUUUAUUCCAGAGAUGACUAAUCAGCGUUGACUUAGAUUGUUUAGGUUGACUAGUCAAGGUUGACUUUCCAAUUGCAGAAUUUUUUUUUUCUUCAGAAUAAAACUUCCCCAGAUAGAAGAAAUUUUUUCUUCAAAAAUACAGGGUAGUUGCUCGUAGAACUUUCUUAUCUAGAGACAGUUUAAUUGUAGUUGUACGCGGUUAUACCUAGGAUAUAUUCAGAGGGGUGGACCCAUGUGUUGCUCUGUCAUCCCACACUCGUGUGGACUCUGUCCAUUACUGCCACUGCUAGCUCAUGUGGAGACUGCCUCCUCUUUCUCGUACUCAACUCCCAGGGCCUUUUGGCCACUACGGCUAGCUUGGAAUAGUAUUUCAUGUAUACCUUGACACCUGGAGAAUUUAUCUCUGUUUGUUUUUGUUUUUGUUUUAAAUCACCAAUAAAAAGUAAAAGA